AUGAUUAUGGAUAUGGAUAUAUAUAAUGCUAAUGAGGAGAAAAAUUUGAAUUUUAUAACCCAUAAGAACAGUGGUGAUGAAAAUAUGAAUUCUAGAAGUAGAAAAAGUAGUUUUAUUGAAUUCCAGUAUGACAAAGUUGUAAAUAAUGUGUUAGGAUUGUUCAAGAAACAGAACAAGCAAAGGUUUCUGUCAACGUCAUCUGCCUUACGCAAUGACAUGCAUGAACAAAUUUUAAGUUCUCGAUUAUUCUUAGAUUUAUGUGAAGAUAGGGAAAUACUCUUACAUAAAAUAUUAAAAAAAAUAAAUAUUUUGAAUUUAAUUUAUUUUCGCUUUUUAAAAGAAUCUGACAUCGACGACGUAUUCGAUUUGCACAAGGAGCUCUUUCCUGUAAAGUACCACUCCGAUUUUUACUUUAGCAUUUGUAAUUUUGCCGAUGAUAAAGUGAUAGACGAUGAGGUUACGAGGGUCGUUGAUAGGAUUUCCCGCUCCCUCAGGAGCAAUGCGGGCGCCAAACGGCACGACGGCGUAGUGAAGCCAAAAGAAGUGAACCGGGGCGGAGGGGGAAGCAACGGAGAUGGUUGCGAUGUAUCGCGUAACAGCGGCAGCGCUAACCAAUCGAGCCCAGCACCCCCUGAGGAGAAAAAUGACGAGGCAGUAAAGGAGCGCGGCGCCUCCCCGCUAGGUGACGACGAUCAUAAAAUGAAAGGAAAGAAAGCCGAAGAGAGAGCAGAAACUGAGAAAAAUUCAGACUGUAACGACGAUGAUUUAGACAACAUUUCAAAUAAAAAAUUAGUGAACUCGGAAGAUUACAAUUCAUCAAAUCGUUCCGUGGACACGGAUAAUGAUGGAAAAAAAAAAAUAAAUAAAAAGUGGAAGGAAGAGGAAAUAUUCUCCAUAGGUGCCUUCCUUCCUUUUUCAUUUAUUGAUUAUAUAAACAGUGAUCAUGUUACUAAAUUUCUGAAAAGAAAAACGAUAGAAAAGGUCAGUGAAAAGGAUAUCCUAUUGGAUUAUAUCAAAUUUAUGGACGACAGUAAUAGGUCGCGUAAUAGUGGAAGCGACGCGAAUUCGGCUCACACAGCCCAGUCAGUGGAUACCAAGCAGUCGAUCGACACGGCCCAUUCGGACGACCCUUGCCAGUCCGAUGGCCAUGGUCAUGUCCAGUCUGAUGCUGCUGGGUGUUCCCCUUCAGAGAGCAGAACAAAUGGCAGAAGAAGGCCGCUUAAUAAACUGCGCACCAAGUCAAGCAAUUUGUCAAACCCAUCUGCUAAAUGUCUGCCCACGAUUUGUUUCUCGCAAAGCACACAGAAUGAUUCCCCUGUGAGCAAAACCAAAGGAGAAAUAUAUAGCAAUAAUAAGCAUAAGGAUAGUAAACACGUCGCUAGUAAAAGUGCAAAGAAGGUCACGCCCUACAGUUGGGUCCGCUAUGGAAAUGGACACAAUAUGUGUAGGUACAACGGAACUCACCUAGAAGAAUAUAUAAAAAAGAAAGAAAUUUUAAAGGAAGAGAACAGCCACGUAGAACAUAAAAAGGAGAACAGUGCGAAUGACAAACUCGAUGAUAAAAAUCGAGAUAGAAGUAACAAUUUCAAAAAGGAGGAGUACAUUAAAAAGAACCCCCCAUCAGUGGAUGAAAAUGAAAAGGAUACGAAGCGUAACGGUGCACACAGCCGUAAGAAUAGCAGCACUUGGGUGUCUUCCCUCCAGAAGGAGAACGGCGUGGGAAGCGGCGGAAGUGGCGAAAAUGGCGGAAGCGACGGAAGUGGGAAGAAGCAUGAUGGCACUCAGUUCAGCAGUUACCUAGGCAAUCUCCACAACAACAUGUAUGAUGAUAAUAAUAGGAAUAUUCAAAAUAUUUACAGACAGUUGAAGGAAAAGAACAUAGAAUAUGAAGAGAGAGGUAACCCAAUUCUUGGGACAGAAAAUGUGAUAAGUCGAUUGAGAGAUAAAAUAUGCUUAAACAAAGAAACGCUCAAUUUGUACAAUCGUAAUAAAAAGAGAGUGAAAAAAGAUUACCUUGUUGGAAGUGUGUCAAAUCUGAUUAACUACCAAGAUGCUAGAAACGAAAAGGAUUUUAUCAAUAUAUGUAACCAUUUUAAAAAAAAAUCGAAUAACUCAAAAAAAGGAAAGAACUACUUAAAAUAUGUGUACGAUUCAUCUUUGACUUUUUUAGAGAAUUAUAUCCCGCUAGAUAAAAAUGGGAAUUCCAGCGGGAGGGAAAAAACGACAAGCAUUUUUCCAUCGAAUAAUCUGAAAAAGACGGAUCAAAAUGAACUAUUCAACGGAAGCACACUCCAUACAAAUGGAAGAAAUGAUGGAAUGAAAACACAGUCGAGCGAUAUGAUAAACCAAAAUGGUGAAAAGGUACCUAACUGCUCAUCGCAUCCGUUCAACCAGGAAAAAAAAGCACUCGUACAUCUGCACAACGUGCUGAACGACUUAUCCGUUUUGCGAACGCAACAUGUUAAUAAAGACACAAAAUUUGAAAAGAAAUUAUAUGAAGAAAUUUACAUGAAUGAAAAUAUCAAAACGCUGACCAAAAAAUACAUUAAAAAAAAAAUUAACAGUAUUUACAUUUUAACAGUGGGAAUAAGUGAGUACUUUAGGGGACUAAACUUAGCUUCUUACCUCAUUGAAUACACCGUGUUUUAUUUCUACUUCAUCAUUUACAGAAUAUUUCUGUACAAGAGUAAAUUUUAUUGCUACAUUGAUAACGAUAUGUUUUAUAGCAUUUCUUCUAGCCAUCUAACUGACGAGCACCAAAACGAUUUUUUCGACGAGGGUUUACUCACGGACAACUCGUCGGACGAUUUCCACUCCAUCCUUAGUGAUGAAAAAUCGUUCUCCGAUAGGGACUACAAGAGGAAGAGCAUAAAUGGAAAGGAAGAUAUGUUAAUAUGGGAAAUGAUGAACUGCCUGGAAGCGGAAAGGAAACCACCUGAUGGGGCACGAAGUGGUCCUGCUAACAGUUUGCACGAACAGUUGGAGGAACAGAAAAACGAAAAUAAGUGUGCCAAUAGGAAUGACUCUGCUCGGAAAGAAGAUUUCGUCACUGCGCAAACGGAUGACGAGAACAACGAAGCGGCAUCGAAUUUUAAAAAUAAGUCCCCACUUUGUGGUAAUUAUCCAACUCAGCUUAACACCAAUCAAGCGGACGAACAUGGGAAUAACAGAAGGGAGAGUCACCAAAUGGGGGACAACCCUUCACUCACUUUUAAAACGUACAAAACGAACAACUUGAGUAGUCACGCCAAUCAUGGAAACAGACGCAAAAGCAAGUGGUGCACCGAAAAGUCCAAAAAUUAUAGCAUUUCGAAUGGAGUUCUACGGGAGUGUUACAAACAAAUCAUACUGAAUGAUUAUUUGCACCACCUUUAUGUUAUUAUUCAAAAUAAAAACGCGGAGAUGUUAGCAGAGAAGGGGAAACAAAAGGGAGAAGCGCAAAGAAGAGAUCCUUUUCCUGCGUUCUUUAAAUUCCCCCUAUUUAAAAAUCCCCUGUACUGCUCAAGCCUUAACAAUAAAAUGCUGGAUUUUUUUUUAAACAAUUUUUGUGCCUUCAAUUUAAAAGACAGACCAUUUUUUCACCUAAAAAAUGUGAAUGCAAAAAAGGUUUGCUUAGAUUAUAAUGAUGAUGAUGUGCCCCUGCCUCUGUACAUGUACCUACAUGUGAUAGAUUAUAACAAAGCGGCCAUAAAUUUGUACAACAAGCUAAGCUUCGAUUAUGUUUGCACGUAUGACAAUUUUUAUGAUAUAAACAAAAUGACCUUCUCUUCCUAUUUGUAUGCAUAUUUCUUUUAG